GUUUCACCCAUGGUUUCACAGGAACAGAGCUGAAUGCUUUCGUCUGUCUGAUUCACUUUUCCCAUUAGCCUUGAUUGCUGCACAAGACAGCAGGACAGGAUGUCGAGCAAAGAAGUGAAGGCUGCACUGAAGAGUGCAAGGGAAGCCAUCAAAAACAAAGAAUAUAAAGAAGCACUUAAGCAUUGCAAGAAUGUUCUGAAGCUUGAGAAGAAUAACUACAAUGCCUGGGUCUUCAUCGGGUUGGCGGCCGGGGAGCUGGAGCAGCCUGACCAGGCCCAGGCAGCCUACAGGAAGGCAGCGGAGCUGGAGCCGGAACAGCUGCUGGCAUGGCAGGGGCUAGCAAAUCUAUAUGAGAAAAACGACCAGGCUGAUGGUAAAAGUGAACUUCCAGCAGUUUACCAAAAACUCAUCACAUUGUAUGAAAGUUCAGACAAAGCUAAGUGCCAAGAGGUGAGCAGGAAGCUGGUCGAUCUUCAUCUUCAAGAGAAAGACUACUUGCAGGUGGCCCGUGUGUGGCGGCGGCUGAUCCAGCUGCAGGAGGAGGGCGGGGCUGAGGGGGCGGAGCUUCUGCAGCUGUGGAGGGAGAUGACACGCCUCCUGCAGGACAGCCAGGAACAGCAGGACAACGAGACACAACAGCAUCUGAUCACUGCAUAUGAGAAAGCCCUCACUCUCACUGAAGUUCCUAGUGAAGACCACAAGAAGCUUUCAAUGGACUUCAUCACGUGUCUCUCAAAGCUUCCACAUGAAGAUGCCAAACUGAAAGAAGUCUGUGAGGCGAUGCUUUCCUUGUACCCCUCAUUACCGUUCCCCUUGGAAAAGCUGUGUUCACACUACAUCCAGUCAGGGAAUAGCAGUGAGGAGGCUGUGGACUGUUUCAAUCGUCUCCUGGAGCUGGAUGCAGGGAGUGGAGCCGCUCAACUGGGCCUGGGGCUCAGGGCUGUGGAGGACAAGCAGUAUGAGGACGCCAUUAAACACCUAGCUCAGGGACUGAAGAAGACGCCCUCCUGUUUGACCGGGUGGUGUGGGCUGGCUCAGGCCCAUCUGAAGAUGCACAGAUACACAGACAGUGCCAAGUCAUGUGGCCAGGGACUUGGGUGUUGUAAGGACGGUGACACAGAGUUGAGGGAGAAGCUGCUGAGACUGAGAACGGAGUCACUUGUGAAGAGCGGCGCUGCAAACACACUCGAUGAGGCACUGAACACACUGACUCAGAUAUCUGACUUCAGCAGCUGCCCUGUCCUGAUGUCUCUCAAAGGCAGAGUCUACUUGCUGAAAGGCCAAACGGACCAAGCACUGCAGGUGUCGUCUGAGCUGGAGGCCUCCUACCCGGACUCGGUGGAAGCUCUGAUCCUGAAGGGCCUCAUUCACCAGACUCAGGAGGAAUUCCAACAGGCAGAGGAGAGUUUCCAGAAGGCCCUGGUUGUGAGUCCGGACUCUGGGGAGCUGUACUUCCUGCUGGGCCACCUCUACUGGCUCAUGGGAGACGAGACGCGCCACGACCGCAACAAGGCACACACACACCUGCUCAAGGCUGCCAAGCUGGACCCGCACCUGGGCUCCGUGUUCCGGCUGCUGGGCCACUACUAUCGGGAGGUGGCUAAGGACCCGGGCCGGGCGCGCGGAUGCUACAAGAGGGCGUUCGACAUGGACAGCAGCGACGGGGAGGCGGGGGCCGCCGCAGUGGACAUCAGCAUGCAGCAAGGGGACAUGGAUUCUGCCCUGACCAUCUUGACGUCUGUGACGGACAGAACAACCCCAGGCUCGGGCAAGUGGGCCUGGAUGAGGAGAGGCCUGUACUACCUCAAGAUCAGCCAGCACCAGCAAGCCAUCACUGAUCUCCAGGCCGCGUUGCGUGCGGACCCGGGUGACUGGGUGUGCUGGGAGUGCCUGGGCGAGGCCUAUCUCCACCGGCACAGUUUCACGGCGGCCCUGAAGGCCUUCACCAAGGCCCAGCAGCUGCAGCCGACCUCCAUCUACAGCCUGUACCAGGCGGCCGCCAUCAAGCAGACGCUCGGCAAGCACAAGGAGGCCGCCGGGGAGUACCGCAAGAUCGUGCAGCGCGAGGACUACGUCCCUGCUCUGAAAGGUCUUGGAGAGUGCUUGCUGGCUCUGGCCAGGGGUGCUUUGGAAGACUACCUGGAUGGGAGGGCUGUGGACUUCAUCGAAAGUGCCAUUAAGUACCUUUUCAGAGGUGUGCAGCUCCGUCCGGACCUGUCCUGCCUGUGGAAGCUGCUGGGGGAUGCGUGCAGCCUGAGUGGGACUGUGGCCCUGGAGAGGGCCCAUGUGCAGGUCCCGGGAGCCCUGUCUGGACACAGCCCUCCCGACCAGAACCACAGCCUGGACCAGAGCACACUGCUCACACUGGGCGAGAGGUGCUACGGUCGAGCUCUAAAGCUGAUGCCCGAUGCUGCCGGUUUGUGGUGCGACCUGGGAGUGAAUUAUUACCGCCAGUGCCAGAAGCUCCCUGCCAGCCCAGAACAAGACCAGGACAAGCAGAACCUUCUAGAAAAAUCCUUACAGUGCAUUAAGAAGGCAGUGAUGCUGGACAGUGCCAAUCACACCUACUGGAGUGCCCUGGGAGUGGUUGCUAUGGCACCAGGUGUUGAAAACUUUGCUCUUGCACAGCACUGCUUCAUUAAGUCAGUGAAGACUGAGCCAAAUAAUGUAGUAGCAUGGACCAACCUUGGCGUGCUAUAUCUGAAGAAAGAAAACAUUGAGCUCUCCCAUGAGGCCUUCAAGAUUGCACAGUCACUGGAGCCCCUGUAUGUCCACUGCUGGAUUGGACAGGCGCUGAUUGCUGAAAUGGUGGGCAGCUAUGACACCAUGGACCUGUUCCGCCACACCACGGAGCUCAGCACUCAUACGGAGGGAGUGAAGGGCUAUGCCCACUGGGUGUGCUCUACGCUGCUGGAUAAGAGCAACAGGGACUCGGAGCUAUACCGCUACAACAUCCUACAGAUGAACGCCAUCUCCGCAGCUCACACCGCUCUCUGCAAGUAUACAGAGAGGAUCCAAACAGACCCCUCAGCUUUUGUCAUGCUGGGGUACAUGAACGAGCACCUGCAACUGAAGAGACAGGCCACUGCAGCCUACAAGAGGGCAGUGGAAUUGCUGCACGCCUCUCCUCACGUUGAGGAGCUCAGCUUUGCGCUCAGGAACUACGGACGUGCUCUCUGUGACGCAGGAGAGUGGGAGGAGGCCAUCCGUGUGUAUUCCUCCACACCACUAGAGGAGCUGCAGGACCUGACGGGUCUGGCUCUCGCCUACUUCAGAGCCGGUCUCCUGCUAGAAAGCCUCUCCGCCUAUGAGAAGGCGCUGGCCGUGGCCUCCACAGAGCGGGAGAGGGCCUACAUCCUCACAGCCCUGGCCCUCCUGCAGCACAGACUGGGGAGCAUGGACACGGCCAAGACCCUACUCUUUAAGUGCUCCUUACUGAAGGAGCCCAUAUCGGAGAGCCUGCUGUGCCUGUGUGCCCUGGGAUUGGUGCACGGGGACGUCACUCUGGCCACGGCCGCCCUAUCGGAGCUGCUGAAACUGAAGCAAGGGGGCGGGACUUCAAAGGUCACGGAGGGGUCAAGGUCAUCGGGGGUCGACGUGGAGCAGCGCUGCCUCCUCACUUGUUGUCUGCUGGCACUGCAAGGCCACUACAGCGCUGUACCAAGAGAGGCAGCCAGAGCUGUACACAGUAACCCGGGAAACGCCACUCUGUGGGCCCUGCUCUCUCGCCUCGUGCCCCAGUACGAUCCCAGGAAGGCCAGGGGUGGUGCUGUGGCUGGAGGCGUGGCCUGUCUAUCCAGUAUGACCCAAGGAAAGAGGGCGCUGUUGUGCAGUGGUCUGAACCAGCUGGCUGCAGGGAGACACCGUGGAGAGGACAGUAGCAGGAACGCCCUGAAGACCAUCCAGAGAGCUGUGCUACUGUGCCCAGAUGACAUGGCUGCCUGGGCGGGUUUGAUGGCGGCGUGCUAUGCUGAGAACACGGCCUGUGCCCUGUCUGGUGCUGCCCCCCUCAGGCAGGGGCUGGAACACACUCUCAUGAGCACCGUUGCUGGGAAAGCCCAGGCAGUGUCUCCUGAGGAGAGGCCCCUGGCCAUGGCAGUGGAGGGCUGGGCGCUACAGCAGGCCCUCUCUGGCCUCAGGCAGGCCGCACACUACGACCAGGCCCAGGCCCUCUGCACACAGGUGUUGAGCGUGUCCCCUGAGCACCCGGCUGUGGUCCUCCAGCUGCAGCAGCUGCAGUGUGAGCGCCUGCUGGUGGAGAAGCCUGGUACUGCGCUGCCUGUGCCGGUGCUGGAGCAGCUGUCUGCAGCCGUGAUGGCCAACCCCACUUCAGUGUCCGCCUGGCAUUGGUUGGCAGGGUUGUAUGUGUCCCAGGGUCUGCUGUCUCAGGCGUCUGUGGCCUACAGGCAGAGUCUGCAGCUGGCCUCUCAGCUGGGACAGUACGGGGGCAAGAUGGGCAGUCUGGUUAGGCUGGCUCUACUUGCUCUCUCAGCCUGCAUGGCCAGUGUCCCAGGAGGAGAGUGGAAGAGCCUGGUGCAGGAGGCCACUGCUGAGGCCCUGAAGCUCGGCCCCUCUCCUGUGGCCCUCCUCAUACAGGCCCUGCUGCAGUUCAACGUCAAGAUCGGAGCCAGAGACACCCGUCGUCUCCUGGAGCGACUGGUGUACUACGCGUCAUUUGAGCAGCCUGAGACGGUGACCUCUGUGGCCCGCUGGUACCUCCUCAGACACCUUCACGCCAAAGACGACCUCGAACUCAUGGAUAAACUGGUGGAGGAGGCCGCAGCUGCUGGGGACUCCAGGCUCCUGCAGUUCCAUAAACAGCUCUGUCCUUCAGCCUGAGAUGGGGGAGUCGGAAGAGAGAUACUGUAGGAGAAGAUAGGAGCUCCCCCUGCCGUGCCGCUGAACUGCUUCUAACCAGACCAGGCCAGACAUGUCCCCAAGGCCUGUCUGUCUGUCUGUGUACAUUGCGGAGUCCAACACAACACAACACAGCAGAGCCGAGCAGAGCUGUACAGCUUCUGACAGUCGAUCUCCUCCACUUAGCCAAACCAACCGACCUGGCUUCCUCUUGAAGACUUGCUAGUGCUUUUAAUUCAAGCUCACCAAGAUGAAACAACACGAACAGUUACUGUACACCACCAUGAACAAAGCACUUUGAAUGAUGAAAACUGACAAAGCAACAGAAGCGUUCUCUCAGUUGACUUUGACAUGCAUGGACUUAAAUAAUUGAUUUUGAUGGGCAAAUGUAACAAUGAAACAGAUAUCCCUUUAUUCCCUGGUAAAAUUAGCUUAAUUCGAAUUUGGUGCAAAAAUAAAACAGGACUGCUGCAGCCUGCCAUCCUACUGUAUGCGCUGAACAAAAACAUAUGACAAGCAUUAAAACUGUCCGCAGUGACCAUUUUAACAGGCGUACAAUGUUGCAUGUGACAGGUAGUCAACAACAUGAGAAAGAUGUUUUUCUUUCAGGUUGUAAGAGACAUUCUGACUUUUGGUGUGAACUAUUAAUCAUGAGCUGAGAUUGUAAAUCAAUGUAAUGAUGCAGUGAUGCAAUGAAAACAAAGCAUUUUUUAUCAAUA